AUGCAGGCACAGAGCACGUGCGAAGAGGUGACAAACAAGUGCACGGCCAGACACCUAUGCUGCUUGGUCAUGCACAGUUACAGAAUCAGUUGGAACUUAGGAAAGAAUCGCGCAUCCCCUACAACAAGUUCUUCCGAAAUUCGUGAUAGUCAGUUUAUAGUAAUGACAUCGGAGAAAGAAGCUCGUGUAUUAGCAGUUCCAUCUCAAACUUAUUUGUACAAAUCAAAUUUAACAGAAACCUCAUUUGUAGUUAGGGCAGAAGUUAUCUCCAUUAAAGGAACUGGAAAUGUUUGUUUAGCAGCUUAUAUUGGAAAUGGUAAUAUUGUUGUUUAUAGUCUACCUAGUCUGAAAUUGCUACAUGAAGUGGACUUUCUCCCUUUAGUAGACACAAGGUAUUUAUUUAAAACAAAUAAUGAAUUAAACAAUAUUAUAUAUAUAAAUAAAUAUAUAUUUAAAAAUACAGUGGAACCUUGCUUAACGAGCAUAAUUCGUUCCAGAAUCUUACUCAUAUGCAAAACACUCAUUUAGCAAAACAGUUUUCCCAUAGAAAUUCAUGUAAAAUGCAUUAAUGUGUUCCAUGCCAAAAAAAUACUCAAAUAUUUUAUUUAUAUUGUUUGUUCAAAAAAAAUUA